UGGAAAGCCAAUCUCUAGCUUCACCAUGGCUCGCCCAUUGGGUUGCUCCUCCGUAAUCUUGAGUUGGAAAGAUACAAUCAGGUCUCCGCUGCCGUCCGAAAAGUCAAAGUGGUUGCUAAUCCUGCGGAAUGACCCAUCUGUUGCUGCCUGUAGCUGGUUCGUCUCACGCUGGGAAGGUGUGUCUGGUUGUGGAGUGGGAGAAUGGGAUAAGAUCAGACAGGGACAAAUGCAAUAUGACCUUACGCGUUUUUCUUCUCCCCGAGUAUGUCGGCUCUAGGUUUGUCUUCUUCGCCUCUUGGUUGAGUUUACAUAUAAACCAAAGGCUCGUUCCACCCGGAUAUACAGUCUUUUUCUCUUAAAUGUGAUCAUCGUCAUAUAUUUUCCUACCUACCUAGGUGCUCCAGCCGUUUUGUCUAUUGCGUUGUGCUUCCACCCUAGCAGCAAUGUCUCCAUCCUUGUAUCCCGCGGAGGGUGUCGAUAUUGUCGACAUUCGUCAGAACCCUCUAGAAAUAUCUCUAGUGAAAGAUAUCUACAGGAGCUUGCAACCAUCGGAAGGCACAAGGAGAUCUCUCCCUACGGUUCUGCUCUACGAUGCCAGGGGACUCAAGUUGUUUGAAGAGAUCACUUACCUAGAUGAGUACUACUUGACCAACGCAGAAAUCGAUACGCUAUCCUCCCAUGCAAAGAAGAUCGUCGAACGGAUUCCUGAUCAUGCACAAUUGGUGGAAUUGGGUAGUGGGAACCUGCGUAAGGUGGAGUUACUGCUGAAGGAGUUUGAGACUAUGAACAAAAAUGUGGAUUACUAUGCAGUAGAUCUGUCACUGUCCGAGUUACAGCGCACCUUUUCGAAUAUCCGCACCGAGAAUUUCUCAUAUGUUAGACUCCACGGCCUCUAUGGCACGUACGACGAUGCCCUCGCUUGGUUAAGCACACCAGAAAAUCGGAAUCGGCCAACGGCUGUUCUCUCCUUAGGUUCUUCUCUUGGGAACUUUUCUCGCCCAGAAGCUGCGAAGUUCCUGGCCAGCUUUGCUAAGGUCUUGACCCCGUCGGAUGUUAUAGUCAUCGGCUUGGAUGCUUGUAAGGACCCAGAGAAGGUGUUUAAGGCCUACAAUGAUGCCAAUGGGGUCACGAGAAAAUUCUAUGAGAAUGGGCUACGGAACGCGAACUUUGUGCUUGGGUUUGAAGCCUUUAAGCCUGCUGAAUGGGAUAUUGUGACUCGAUAUGAUGCAAAGGAAGGAUGUCACGUGGCCUUCUAUUCCCCUAGGAAAGAUGUGAAUAUCAAUGGGAUUAUAAUCUCCGAAGGAGAGGAAGUUAUCUUCGAGGAGGCCUUUAAAUACGAUGCCAGAGAGCGAGAGAGACUCUGGCGCAACGCUGGAUUAAUAUCUCAAGUCGAGCUUGCAAACAGAUCAGGCAAUUAUCACGUUCACAUUCUCUCUUCUGCUGCUCUUCAUUUCCCAAAAGAGCCGUUACAGUAUGCAUCCCAUACAGUCCCCAGCCUAGAAGACUUCCAGUCUCUCUGGACAUCUUGGGAUGUCGUUACCAGGGCAAUGGUGCCCCGUCAGGAGCUUCUUUCCAAGCCGAUUAACCUCAGGAAUGCUUUGAUAUUCUAUCUUGGGCACAUUCCCACUUUUCUAGAUAUCCAUUUGACUCGAGCUCUUCGAGGGAAAUUAACAGAGCCAGAGAAUUACCAGCUGAUCUUUGAACGUGGAAUCGAUCCGGACGUGGAAGACCCAGAAAAGUGCCACAGCCACAGUCAAGUCCCAGAUGAAUGGCCACCAAUUGAUGAGAUUCUUGAUUACCAGGUGAGGGUAAGGGAGAGAGUGCGGUCUAUCUUCAAGAUGGAAGGGCUAUCUCAGAACCGAUGCCUGGGUGAGGCUCUCUUCAUCGGCUUUGAACACGAAGCCAUGCACCUGGAGACUUUCCUUUACAUGCUAUUGCAAAGUGACGAGACUCUCCCGCCUCCUGCGGUGGACAUGCCUGACUUCGAGGGCAUAUUCCGCCGUGCAAGACAAGAUGAAAAACCGAAUAAGUGGUUCACUAUCCCAGAGCAGACCGUGACAGUAGGGCUUGAUGACCUAGGUGACGACACUAUUCCUGAUGUCUCAUUUGGAUGGGACAAUGAAAAGCCGCGGAGAACGCUAUCGGUUCACUCUUUCGAGGCACAAGCCAGACCUAUUACCAACGGAGAAUUCGCGAAGUACUUACAAACUCAUAAUAUCAGAACCUGGCCAGCAUCCUGGGUUCCGGCUCAUUCCAAAGGCUCAGAGGGGAUCGGUGAUAGAAGGGCUCCUUCCAUGAAAGAUUUUCGGUCCAAAUUUGCCGUCCGUACGGUGUUCGGCCCUGUUCCACUUGAAUUCGCUCAGGACUGGCCGGUGAUUGCGUCUUAUGAUGAACUGGCUGGAUAUGCAAACUGGAGGGCCUGCAGGCUUCCCACUUACGAAGAAGCUAGGAGUAUCUAUAAAUACUGUGCGCAUCUCAAGCAGAAGGAAACCAUGGACGUGACUAAUGGCCAUCCGAACGGAACGAACGGUGUCAACGGCGGGAAUGGCAAUGCGGAUUCUACAAUUAGUCCUGCCAAUACGCGUAGCCCGGACCAUCAACCUGUGCAACACACUCUGUUAGAAGAGAUGCCAGUGUUUAUUGACCUCAACCGUUGCAACGUUGGGUUCGAACACUGGCAUCCCAUUCCAGUCAUCCAGAACGGCGACAAACUCGCCGGUCAGUGUGAACUGGGAGGUGUCUGGGAAUGGACCAGCACGCCACUUACGCCACAUGACGGGUUCAAGGCUAUGGACGUCUACCCAGGAUAUACAGGUAGAGUUUCAUUUCACAUGGGCCCCUGGACUGAUUCCGAGUUCGUGUUCUUUACUGAUUCCGACAGCGGAUUUCUUCGACGGAAAGCAUCAUAUAGUCCUGGGCGGUUCUUGGGCCACUCAUCCGCAGAUUGCAGGCCGCACGACCUUCGUCAACUGGUAUCAGCAUAAUUACCCGUAUGCCUGGGCAGGAGCACGUCUGGUGCGUGAUAUUUGAGCAAGUAAUCUGAGUCUAGACAUAGACUUGUACUUCAUAGGCUUUGAAUUUAUCCUGUGCUUGGAGUAUUCUGUUCAUCCUGGGUUUGCGAAUUCAUCGUACACUCCAAGUGGUGGUCCACUGUGAGGGUCACGACUCCAUAGUGCAAAGCACCAAUGCCUUGGAUAAAAU